UCAUGCUGCUGCCAAGUCCAGAGUCUGUCAUGGGUCCCUGUACGGCCUCCCAUUGCUGCUGUCUCCAUCGCCACACUCUGCUGCCAUGUGCCACUUUCAGGUCUCUUCACACUGCUGGUGUGUUUAAAUUUUUUGACAUAGGGUGCAGGCAGAUUACGGGCCUCACAUAGCUGCUGCCAGGCCCCUAAUCUGCCAUGGGCCCCUAUAUACCGCCUCCUCAUGCUGCUGCCAAGUCCAGAGUCUCUCAUGGGUCCCUGUACGGCCUCCCAUUGCUGCUGUCUCCAUCGCCACACUCUGCUGCCAUGUGCCACUUUCAGGUCUCUUCACACUGCUGGUGUGUUAAAUUUUUUGAC